UACCACCGUAAGAAGCAACCAUGCCUAUAGAAGGAGGAAAAACGGAUAUGGAGAGGAUUGGCCUCUUCAGUGAGAUGGAAUAUAUUACUGUUGGUGAUAAAUAUGUCUCACCAUUUAAUCGACCCUUUAAUGAGGCUGCAAGCAAAAAUAGACAGAUUCUACCUGGGGGAACCAAAGAAAUGUCAAAUCUCCAGGCAGGUUAUUUUGAUCCCCAAUUUGCAAGGAUUUUUGAAGGCGAAGGCUAUGUAAAUCUAAAUCAAGUGAGAAGACGGCAUAUGAUGGAAGAAGCCAAAAAAAAUCUUGCCAAAGCCUUUAUCCCGAGUAGUGGAGAUAAAAAACCAUGUGGACUGGGAAGCUACUAUGGAACAAUAGGUGGUCCAGUCCCAUCCUUCAGUGCACAGGCCAAACCCAGGGAACAAUAUAUGCCACCAGGAAAGAAUUUAUACACAAACCCAGGAAAGAAAGGAACCGGAUAUGGCUAUGCAAAUAUUACCAUAGGUAAACAGUUUUCACACUCUUCUGAUUUAUAUGAUGCAGCAAGACAAAAUUUUAAGAAAGAAAAUGAAGAGCACCAUCGGUUACUGAAGGGGGCACCUUUCAAGUUAAAUCUUUACCCAAGGGACUAUUUUGACACUAAUCCUUAUUUUACUGAAAAACCUUUACCUCCAAUUAAAAAAGAAGAGAAGAAAGAAUCACUUUUCAGUCCUUUUAAGCCCUCUUCUCCUGGUAAAAAGCCUGGUGGAAUGAAAGCAGGAACAUUUGAAUCUUACCCAUCACAUUCUACUGAUCCUUAUAUGCUUAAACCAGGAAAGGAGGUUUCCAAAAAAGAUGAUAAGGUUUUUCAUCCUCCAAGUGGACCAAAAAGCAGACCAGUUGAAAGUAUAAUGAGUUUGAAUGUCAAAAGGGCACUCAAUAUGAAGAACUACAAGACUGCUUCAUUACAGUCCUAUUAGCAACUGCAAGACACGUAACUUUC